AUGGCGCGCGGCGAGAGGUUGUGCCAACUUGUGUUUCGUCCGUUCCGUGUCGUGUUUCUCGCGUCCUCGAGUACUUUGCAAUAAUACUUUUCCUUCGAGACAUGAAUGGAUUCAGUGCUGCGUUAACAGACAAGCCUUAAGAACGCUUGUACAAAGGCUUUAUUUAAAGAAAAUGUGUUAUCAAUAACGUGUGACUGCUUUUUGUGUAUAGUGUUCGAAAAAAGUUAAGUAAACAACCGGAUAUCAACAAGAUGGGUUCAAAAAUCGAGUACGUGGAUUCAUCACAUUUAUACGCGACCAACUAUGUCCGCAAUUCGAAAGCUAUCGGUGUGCUUUGGGCGAUAUUCACGAUUUGCUACGCGAUUAUAAGCGUUGUGGCUUUUGUGACCCCCGAGUGGAUUGGUGAUUUAGAGACUGAAUAUCCGAGAAAGUUUGGAUUGUGGCAGACAUGCAGAGCAGACGAGGCUCUCGAGGACUGUAAAGGAAGACUCGAUGAUUUCCUAUCAAUAAAUGGUCUUGUGUUCAAGAUUGCGACUGUGUUAGUAGGCAUAGCGGUCGCCCUGGCCCUGUUUACGAUCUGUGCAAUGUUGUUAUUCUUCUUUUGUCAAUCGACGACGGUGUUUCACAUCUGUGGUUGGCUGCAGCUGUUGUCUGGUACAGGGGCUAAGCAUCCGGUGCAGGACAGGUGCUAG